AUGUGCAAUUUUACGCUUGUUUUCGGCAAGGACAUAAUAUCUUUCCGCUCGGGUUUUUGAUUACAAAUCCAACUCAGAAAAGCGAGACGCGGAGAUGGUUUUACAUAGUUUAGCCGUCAUUAAAAUUCAUUUCGCUUUGCAAUUGUAAUGCCUUUGGAAUCAACAGUUGGGUCUAGUAUCAGCGCUGUGCAUCACACGUGUGGGAACGAACAUGGUUCUCAGAAAAAUAUGUAACACAACGCGUCGCCUCUGCACAAUGAUGUCACGUAACAAGCUAGUGUUGUACGGCGACGACGCUUCCCCGCCAGUACGCUUCGUACGGAUGACGGCCUGCAUGCUGGAUAUUCCGCUGGAGUAUAGACUUGUCGACCUCUUCAAGGGAGAACACAGGACCGAGGAGUAUAAAAAGAUAAACCCUCUCCAAAAAGUGCCAGCUCUGGUGACGGGCACGCAGGUGAUAGCGGACAGCCACGCAAUAGCCCUGCAUCUGUGCGCGCUCGCCGGAGCCCGAGGGCGCCGCUUGCUGCCCGCGGAGCCCCACCGCGCCGCCGUCCACGAGAUGAUGUUCUACAACGCUAGCACCUUGUUCCCCAUUGACAGCUACGUUCUGUCAUCAUUUUUCGCCGGCCGACGGCCGGCGGAGGAGAAAAUUGAGGAAUGGCAGCGCGGCCUGGACCACCUCGAGCACAAACUGAAAGACCGCACCUGGCUGACUGGUGACGAGAUGACUAUCUGCGACUUAUGUAUAAUCGCGACCACCACGUCUAUGGAGACCCUGAUGCCGGUGACGCGUCGCCACGAUCGAGUGAUGCAGUGGAUGAGGCGGUUUGAAGACUUGCCGUGCUAUGAUAUUAACAAAUUGGGAGUAGAACGGCUUCGUAGCUUUGUUGAAAGUAAAAAAAAUAAUUUGUAUGAAGUUUUCUUCACUAUACCGGUCUUUAAAGUUUAGUUGGCAUCGAUAAGGCUGAAUCUACUAGGUAAGCCUAUUUUUAAGUUAUUUGCUUUAGACUCGCGCUCGCCACUUAUUUUCAAAAUAAUAUAAUACCUCUGCAUAACAAUAUCUGAGGCGCUAGCUAGUGUAUUUUUAAUGAGUACUUACCUACUAUUAUAUCGGAAUGUUUUUUGUCUAAUUUACAUUCCAUUAAUUUCUCUAAUAAAAAAAAUAAGAAAAAGUCCUAGACGCAUAAGGACAACGAUUCCUGAAGAUAUUAGAAAAGUUGACUUACUGAAUUAAGUAUCUACCUAUUUAAUUACCAAGAUUAAAUAUUUACUUGGAUUUUAUUACCGAAAUGCUGUAUAGGCGCUAGGACACGUCGUGAUUUUACCUACACGCGCUCAGCCACAAUAAUAAUACAAAAACAAACUUAUCAACAACAAUAUAAUUAUAAUACAAAUUAAAUAAAGCGAUAACAAUUCUGUAAAUGGAAUGAAUGUGACACUGAAGUCUGAACACAAAGUAGGUAUAACAUGUCAAAUACAAGUAUAUUAUAUUUAGUUACUUUAAGUACACCGUUUUGGGGCUUACAAUUUGAAGUUCUAAUA